GGUAUCGGCUCCGCGGGUGCGCUCCGACCUCUCGGCCACGCUCCAGCCCCUCAACCCCGCUCCGGCCCCUCGGCGGUCGCGCAGCACCUCCCCGCCGGCGCCGUCCCCCCGGCGCUGAGAGUCGCGGCGCCCCCCGGCUCUGCCCAUCGGGGCGCGGGUGCGGGAUGUCCCCACGAGGACUGGUGCUGGCCCUGGUGCUGGCGCUGGCGGAGGAGCUGGGGCUGGUGCUGGGGGCGGCAGAGGGGGGGGCAGCCGCCGUCGGGGCCGCCCCACCGGGACCCGUCGCUUUCCAUCGCGCCGCCAAGGCGUCGUGGAGGCUGCCCGGGCGCUACAUGGUGGUGUUGCAGGAGGGCAGCAGUGGGGCCGAGGUGCGGGGCACGGCGCGACGUCUGCGAGCCCGGGCGGCUCGGCGGGGACACCUGACCGAGCUGCUGCACGUCUUCCACCUCCUGCCCGCCUUCCUGGUGAGGAUGAGCAGCGACGUCCUGGACAUGGCGCUGAAGCUGCCACAUGUGAAGUACAUUGAGGAGGAUGCCUAUGUCUUUGCCCAGAGCAUUCCCUGGAACCUGGGCAGGAUCGUGCCACUACAGCCCAACUCAGGCACCUACAGCCCUCCCAAUAAAGGUGAGCUUGUGGAGAUUUAUCUGCUGGACACCAGCGUGCAGAGCACCCACCGGGAGAUUGAGGGCAGGGUGUUUGUGACUGGCUUUGAGAGUGUCCCUGAGGAGGACAGCACCCACUUCCACAGGCAGGUCAGCAAGUGUAACAGCCAUGGGACCCAUGUGGCCGGGGUGCUGAACGGGCGUGACGCCGGCGUGGCCACGGGCGCCAACGUCCACAGCUUCCGAGUGCUGAACUGCCAGGGGAAGGGCACCAUCAGCAGGACCCUCAUCGCCCUGGAGUUCAUCAAGAUGAGGCUGGAGGCUCAGCCCUACUCACCGCUGGUGGUGGUGCUGCCCUUGGCCGGUGCCCACAGCCGUGUGCUGAAUGCCGGCUGUCGGCGCAUGGCUCAGGAUGGGGUAGUGAUUGUCGCGGCUGCUGGCAACUACAAGGACGAUGCCUGCUUCUACUCACCUGCAUCUGAGUCAGAGGUCAUCACCGUCGGUGCCACCAACAGUGAGGACCAACCCGCCUCCAUCGGCAUCCUGGGCACCAACUUUGGCCACUGUGUGGACCUGUUUGCCCCAGGGGACGACAUUAUCGGUGCCUCCAGUGACUGCAGCACGUGCUUCACAGCACAGAGUGGGACCUCGCAGGCAGCUGCACAUGUGGCAGGCCUUGCUGCCAUGCUGCUUAGCGCUGAACCCCAGAUGAGCCUCGCUGAACUUCGGCAGCGCCUCUUGCACUUCUCCACCAAGAAUGUCAUGGACAUGACGUGGUUCCCAGAGGACCAGAGGCUCCAGACACCGAACAGUGUGGCUGGGCUGCCCACACAGCUGGGUGCAGAGGAGCAGCAGCUGUACUGCCGCUCGGUGUGGUCGGGGCUCACCCGGCACGCCCCGGCUGUGGCUCGCUGUGCCAGCACCGAGGAGAUGCUCAGCUGCUCCAGCUUCUCCCACAGCAGCAGGCAGCUGGGGCAGCACAUGGAGGACAAGGAUGGGCAGAAGCACUGCGUGGCUCACAAUGCUUUCCAGGGCCAGGGAGUCUACGCCAUCGCCAGGUGCUGCACAUGGCCCAGGGCCAAGUGCUGGAUCAACACCAUCUCCUCCGCGGCUGAGGGGGCCAAGUGCUCCCCACAGGACCACGUGCUGACCGGGUGCAGUUUCCACUCCCCCUCCAUGGCACUGGGUGAUGGUGCCAGACCUGUCACGGGGCUGGGGAGCAGGCCCAGCCGCUGUGCAGGCAGGACAGAGGUAGUGGCACAGGCCUUGUGCUGCCCCGCUGCCAGUCUUGAGUGCCAAGUGAAGGAACACACGUCCCUGGGCUCUGAGGAGAAGGUGAUGGUGUCCUGUGAUGGCGGCUGGACACUGACGGGCUGUAACGCCCAUUCCCAGAGCCCCGGCACCACAGGAGCCUAUGCCAUGGACAACACCUGCGUGGUAGCUGGUGUUCCUGGCACCAGCAAGACUGUGGCCAUUGCCACUUGCUGCCGGAGCCGGCAGUAGGGACGGGCUGGUGGCUCUCCUGGCCUGGUGAUUCCAGUACACCUCGGAUGGGUGCUGUGCUGGACCACCCUAUCCCCUGCUCAGGACCUUCCCACGGCUGAGCUGCUGCUCCCAGCAUGGUCCAGGCUCCAACAUGUGGCUGCUGACAAUCUCUGUGUUCGGGAUGCUGUGAUGGUGGGGUACAAGCUCAUCACCCUCUCACACACAGCAGGGUCGGGAUCCAGGGCAGGAGCUCUCAAUGCAGGCCCUGUGCAUCUGGAGCCCUGUCUCAUCACUGGAGUCAACACAGAAUCCUUUCCCUGCCACAUGCCGGGUCCUUCUAUAAACACCCUGACUGUACAAGCCAUGUGUUGUCAGCCAACAUGACCAAACUAGUACCUUUUUAAAGAAAAAAAUACUGUGGUGAGGAUUUCUCCUUUAUUUCCUGUAGUUGCUCAUUAGUUGUCAGCUAACGCUGCUUAGCACCUGGAAAAUCCUAGUUUAGCCAUUUUGGGGCAGUUUUAUAAUUGCCUACUCGUGUUCCUAGGAGACUUCUUUAGUUUUGAGUCAAGUGUAAGGGCUGUAGUUUAAACAGUCUGCUUGUUUAAUUAGAUUUUAAUCUGCAUUGCUACAGUCAGCUACUGCUUCGUUAGUGCUUUUUUUUUGUUGUUAAGUCAAAGUUAAUGAUCUGCUGGUGUUGUGUGUUAACAGUUUCCCUUUCAGGUCCCCAAGACACAUAGAACUGGCUGUAAUUCCUUAAAAAAAAAAAAAAGAGAGAAGAAAAAGCUUUCAUAGCACCUUGGUUUUUACAUUUGUACCUUAAAUAUUUAUUUGGAAUUUUAUAAAUAAACAUUUUAUAAAUGUCUUUUUAAAAUAAAACUCAUAGACCAGUGCU